UGUACAUAUUUUUCGUUUUGGACUUUUCUUGUCAUCAUUGUCACGCUACUGUGUAAUAUUUCUGACAAAAAUCAUGGCUGCUGCUAUGUCUUUAAACCCAGUUCAUGUUUUGAAAAAAGACUCUGAAGAAGAAAAACGAGAAGAUGCAAGAUUAUCUUGCAUAUUCGGUGCAAUUGCAAUUGGUGAUCUUCUGAAAUCAACACUUGGUCCUAAAGGGAUGGAUAAAAUUCUAUUCUCACAUUCGAAACGAGCACAAAACACUAUUGAGCUGACAAAUGAUGGUGCAACUAUUUUGAGAUCUAUUGGUGUAGACAAUCCUGCUGCAAAAAUAUUAGUGGAAAUUUCUAAAGUUCAAGAUUCUGAAGUUGGUGAUGGUACUACUACUGUUGCUGUUCUUGCUUCAGAAUUGCUAAGAGAAGCUGACAAACUCAUUGGAUCAAAAAUCCAUCCUCAAAUUAUCAUUUCUGGUUGGCGGAAAGCGAUGCAAGAAGCAAAGACUGCUUUAUCUUCUCAUAUUUUUGACAGAAGCUUGGAUGAAGAACUUUUUGAGAAAGAUCUUAUGAACAUCGCUCGAACAACUUUAAGUUCUAAAAUUUUAAGUAGACAUAAGGACUUCUUUGCUAAUAUAGCUAUUGCUGCUGUAAAAAGAUUGAAAGGCUCCACAAACUUGCAUGCUAUACAAUUUAUCAAGAAACUUGGUGGAUGUUUAACAGAUUCUUAUUUGGAUGAUGGUUUUCUACUGGACAAAAAGCCUGGUGUACAUCAGCCAAAACGUGUUGAAAAUGCAAGAAUUCUCAUUGCUAACACUCCAAUGGAUACUGAUAAAGUCAAAGUGUUUGGCUCUCGAAUAACACUAGAUUCAGUUGCAAAACUUGGAGAUAUGGAAUUGAUUGAAAAUGAAAAAAUGAAGGCAAAGGUAGAUGCCUUUCUGAAGCAUAAUAUUAAUGUUUUCAUCAACCGACAACUAUUGUAUAAUUAUCCAGAGCAGCUCUUUGCUGAUGCAGGUGUUAUGGCUAUUGAACAUGCAGAUUUUGAAGGAGUUGAAAGAAUUGGUUUAGUCACAGGUGGUGAAAUUGUAUCAGAUAUAGAGAGAUGUGAUACUGUCAAGCUUGGAAAGUGUGACUUAAUCGAACAAGUGAUGAUUGGUGAAGAUUAUCUAUUGAAGUUUUCAGGUCUACCUGUUCCAGAAUCCUGUACCAUUGUGUUGCGGGGUGCCACAGAACAAAUAUUGAAUGAAGCAGAGCGAGCAUUGCACGAUGUGCUUUGUGUCUUAGUUACCACUGUUUCUGAACGCCUGACGAUUCUAGGAGGUGGCUGCUCUGAAAUGAUUAUGGCUAGAGCAAUUAAUAAUCUUGCAGCUCAAACUUCUGGCAAAGAGUCCCUAGCCAUGGAGGCUUAUGCAAGAGCUUUAUUACAAAUUCCAACCAUUCUUGCUGAAAAUGGAGGUUAUGACAGUGCCCAGUUAAUUUCAGAAUUGCGCUCUGCUCACGCAGAUGGAAAAUCUACUUAUGGUUUAAAUAUGAAUGAAGGAAAGAUUGAUGACAUGUCAGUUCUAGGAAUUGUUGAACCAUAUAAAGUCAAACAUCAAGUCCUCAGUGGAGCAACAGAAGCUGCUGAGAUGAUUCUCCGUGUGGAUGGAAUCGUUAAGUGUGCUCCUAGAAGACGCACUCCAGAUGAUAGAUGUUGCUGAGUUCACUUAAGACUUAAUCAAAUUCUUUUUUUAUUCUAUGCUUUGAAAAGUCUCAUGUAACUGCUAAAAAAUUUGCUUUCCAUCGGUUGUUUUGCUACAUAUUUUAAGACAUUAAAAUAAACAUGUCCUUUUCUAAUUAAA